UGAUAAUGUUUCUUCCUCGAAACCAACUAUACGUUGUUUAUACCAACAUCUAGAAGUUUAUUAGGACUAGUUUUUUAGAGUCAGUCAGUGAUGGAGGUGCGCUUUGGACAGGUGCCGCUCACCGUUACGCACAGGCACGGCGGGGUGAACCAGCUCGGCGGUGUCUUCAUUAACGGCCGCCCGUUACCGCACUUGGUGAGGCAGCGCAUCGUGGAACUCGCGCAACGGGGCGUGCGUCCCUGUGAGAUCUCCCGCCGCCUGCGCGUCAGUCACGGCUGUGUCAGCAAGAUACUGGCCAGGUAUAAUGAGACAGGAAGCAUCAGACCAGGAGUGAUCGGAGGCUCUAAGCCCAAAGUGGCCACUCCCAGAGUCGUGCAAACGAUCCUACACCUGAAACACACCAACCCCACCAUGUUCGCCUGGGAGAUCCGAGACAGGCUGCUGCUGGAGCGAGUGUGCGAUCACAACAAUGUGCCCAGCAUCAGCUCCAUCAACAGGAUCAUCAGAAACAAAGUCCAGUCUGAGUCUUGUGAAGUUGUUUCAUCAGCAUCAUCUGUUACCAUGGGAACAGCCUACUCCUCUGAGUCCACCUAUUCCAUCAGUGGGAUUCUGGGAAUCAGGAAAUGCAGCUGCAAACAUAAGGAAGGAGGGGACGUCUCCUGCAGCGUCUACCCCGACCAGCCAUGCUCCUGUAAUGACGCCUGGGGAUGGUCCGACCCCUGCCUGACCUCUAUCUCCAGCCUGACCUUCUACAGCGGCCUGCCAGCAAAUCAUAAUCCAGAGCUCUUAGUUAGUUUCACUUUCACGCCCUGCUGGCACACUGAGGAUAAACCUGCUCAGUCACUGUUGGAUGGUCCACAACAGGAACAAUGUGCCACCGCUGUUCAGCCUUCUUGUCUCAGCCACCUGAGGGGCUCUGAUGAUGGUGAUGAUGAUGAUGAUGUUCGUCCACUGAGUUCAUUAUUUAGCAGCUGUGAUGAGAUCAAAGACUCGUUCUGUCUGGUUCCCAUUAUCAGCAUCUGCAGGGCGUGUGAGCAGGCAGCAGAGGGCGAGUUCUCCUCACAGGCUGAGCCACAGAGAGGGAGUGGGUAUGGAGGGAAGUGGCUGCUGUUGGCCUGUGUGUUCUUUGUCCUCCUGACAUUCCUCAUGGGAUCAGUUGGAAAGGGAGACAGUGAUGCACAAGACUAUGAUGCUGAUGUCUUUCUUCCAUCCAAAGCUCUGUGGUUGUUGGGAUGUCUGCUGUCCUGGACUGUUUGGUCGCUCCUGCGUCUCCUCCAGGUGUUCCUCUGGUUGAUCAAAGGCCUGCUGUGGUUCAUCUCCAUCUCUGCGUCCCCACUGUGUCGCUGCGUGUCGUUCCUCCAGUCCUGCGCUCUGCUGCUGCUGCAUUACACGUGCGACGCUGUGUUUUUUGCAACCACCUGUCCUGCGUACGUUUACAGCAUGCUCCUCAGUGUUGUCUCACUGCACAAUGUUUGUUUGAUUUUGAUUUUGAUUUUGACCAGGCUUUAAAGUAACACUAAAUAAUAUUUUAGAGAAGAAUUAACACAUUCUCUCUCUUACAAAUGAAUGUUGGAUUUAAAAUCAACAAAACCAUUGCUCAGUUGAACACUCUCAGGGGAUUUGCAGCUACAGUCUGAUUUGCUCUGGUAUAAUGGCGGCUAGUGUAACACUAAGAUUUAGAAUUUAACAUAACAGUCACUUUUGACCAGAGAAGCAAUAUUUGUAUUUAUCUACAUGUGACAAUCACAAAUGAAGUACAACGGAUACAAACUGAACCUUCUUACGGCACAAUUUUUUAUUUAAUGCAUUAUAGAUGUGGCUUUGUUGAUGCAUGUUGUAAAUUUAGCAUCAUGAUAUGUUUCUUUAUGAUAGUAUAAAUCACUAAUUCCCAACCUGGUGGUCACAACUCCCCACAAGGGGUCGCCAAGGUUUCACAGGGGGUCACGAGCCCUUCUGGAUUUUAUGGGGUGUAGGAAAACGUAAUGCACAUAUAUAUAUUCCACAUCCUAAUAGCUACACCACCUAAUAGCAGGGUGUAAGAUGCAGGCGGGGACAGCAUACAUGGGACACCAUAACCGAGUGGCUGGCAUAGUAUACAGGAACAUCUGCCCUGAGUAUGGGCUGGAAGUGUUAAAAAUGAAAGUAAUAAACAAUACAUACAGAGAAUCAUAUUAAAAGGUCCUAAAAAUAUCAAGAAAACUCAUCUCUGAUGUGAAAUUCACAGAAAAUAAUCUGCUCAAGAUUCAUCCAAAUUGCUUUUUUACACAAACUUCUUGCCGUUAGUGCGGUAGUUCACUUAUUGGGUUAAUUGUGCUGUUUAUCAGUUGAUCUGUACCGUUAUUGUUGCAUUGAUUAUGAUAUGAAACAUUCAUCAUAUAUGUCACUUAGUCUGGGGUUGUCAGUUUACUCAGUGAUAGAAAGGGGGUUACUUAAGAGAAAAAGGUUGGAGACCACUGAAGUAACGGAUAAUAUUAAUAUAUUUUCUGGUGCAAUACAACAAGCUGGAGUUUAUUAAUAAAUGUAUCAAUGAGCCUGACUCUUUGUCUGUCCUCUCGCAGUAUACUGACACUCACUGAAAUGAUUGUUUUACUUACAGAGAAACUUUAUUUGAUAUCAUAAUGAAUUGCAUCUACUGAACUCUAAACCCUGUGUGUGUGUGUGUGUGUGUGUGUGAAUAUUGUCAAGCUCUCACAAGGGAAAUCCUCCUGAAUGUAUCGUCACCACGCUGAUAUUGAGCUCCUUAUCUACUCACACGUGUUACAAUAAAUGGAGCUAAUUAAUCAGACUU